AUGCCUGAACCGAAGUCCUCCGCCGCCAAGAAGGGCUCCAAGAAAGCAGCGUCUAAAUCCACCAAGACGGGCAGGAAGAGGAGGUCCAGGAGGAAGGAGAGCUACGCCAUCUACGUGUACAAGGUGCUGAAGCAGGUGCACCCCGACACCGGCAUCUCCUCCAAGGCCAUGGGCAUCAUGAACUCCUUCGUCAAGGACAUCUUUGAGCGCAUCGCCGGCGAGGCCUCCCGUCUGGCUCUCUACAACAAGCGCUCCACCAUCACUUCCAGGGAGAUCCAGACCGCCGUCCGCCUGCUGCUGCCCGGGGAGCUGGCCAAGCACGCCGUGUCUGAGGGCACCAAGGCCGUCACCAAGUACACCAGCUCCAAGUAGACUACUGCUGGACCACAACCACACAAAGGCUCUUUUAAGAGCCACACACCUCCUCUGGAGAGCUGCUCCUCAUUCACUGCACAACCUCAGCCUUUUAGUUGACAAUCUUUGUCUAAUUUUGUCAUUUAGUGUCUUUUUUGGUCGAUUUGUGUCUUUUUGUGGUAAAUUUGUGUCUAAUUUUGUGUCUUUUUUUGACCAUCUUGCAUCUUCUUUGGUCAUUUUGUCCCUUUUUGCCAUUUUGCGUCUUUUUUUGGUCAUUUUGGUCAUUUUGCGUCUUAUUUGGUUAAUUUGUGUCUUUUUUGUCAUUUUGUGUCUUUUUUGGUCAUUUUGUGGUACUUUUUUGUCUAAUUUUGUCUUUUUUUGACCAUCUUGUGUCUUUUCUGGUCAUUUUGUCCCUUUUUUUGCCAUUUUACGUCUUUUUGGUCAUUUUGCGUUUUAUUUGGUCAACUUGUGUCUUUUUUGUCAUUUUGUGUUUUUUUUGGUGAUUUUGU